AGAAGUUAAGUUGGGUAAUUACUGAAGGUCAUGUACCCUAUCUAGUGUGCCAUGAUGCCUUCCAAAAAACAAACAAAAAUUACAAUUACUGUAUCACUCUUGUUCUAGGUACUCCAUAAGAGUAUUCAGCAAUUAAUUGAGGUGGUGAUCAAGAUUCAAAAAGAGCCCUGCCAAUUUGAAACACCUAAUACACCCCCAGGAAAGGGAGGGAACUCAUCUACACAGCAGUAGGAAAAUUAUGGCUCCUUAUAACUGGUAACCACUGGGAAGGGAGAGGAGGCUUAAACAAAUAUUUGUUCAAACUAUGGUAAGAAGAAAGUGCUCAUAGGAUAAAAAAUGAACCAACUGGAUGCAACAAAGUCAGGAUUUUUAGUGUGCAUUGGUAUUUGCAUUUUUAUCUUCAUUUUUCUUUAUGUGAGGAAUACAAUUCCAGAUGAAUCAAAAGAAGAACCAACUUACCCAGAAUCAACAGAGUGUGGCUUUUAUCCAGAUGAAAUAUGUUCAGCCCUUUUUGAAGGGAAAGGGGCUGCCCCUCAAAUUGGACAGCUCUGUCAACAAAACACUCAACAACCUGAAAUAAACCCUUGCUUAGAGAAACCAGGCAACUGUAACUGCUCUCUUAUUUUUCAUGGACUACAUUUCAUAACAAAACCCCUGUCUGCAGAAGAGGGAAAUUUCUCCUUGGCAUACAUCAUAACCAUUCAUAAGGAGUUAGCUAUGUUUGUGAAGCUUCUCAGAGCUAUUUAUGUUCCUCAGAAUGUUUACUGUAUACACAUUGAUGAAAAAUCCCCCCAGAAUUAUAAAACUGCAGUGAAAAACCUGGUUGAUUGUUUCAAAAACAUUUUUAUUUCAUCAAAGAGGGAGACUGUGAUUUAUGGUGGAUUUUCAAGACUACAAGCAGAUAUUAAUUGUAUGAAAGACCUAGUGAGCUCCACGUUUCAGUGGAAGUAUGUAAUAAACUUAUGUGGGCAGGAUUAUCCAAUCAAGACAAACAAAGAAAUCAUCCAGUAUAUAAAAAGCAAAUGGAAUGGUAAAAAUAUGACUCCAGGAAUAAUUCAGCCUGCACACAUGAAAUACAGGACACAGCAAAGUUACAAAGAAUAUGUUCAUCAAGGAAAUGCUUAUGUUUAUCCAACUAAGAAAGAAAAAACCGAUCCCCCUCACAACUUAACAAUAUACUUUGGAAGUGCCUAUUAUGUACUCACUAGGCAGUUUGUUGAAUUUGCAUUGACAGAUGUCAGGGCAAAAGACUUGCUUGAAUGGUCAAAAGAUACAUACAGUCCUGAUGAACAUUACUGGGUUACUCUGAAUAGGUUAAGAGAUGCUCCAGGUGCUACACCAAACGCUGAGUGGGAAGGGCAUAUUCGGGCUAUUAAGUGGAAAGAUAUGGAAGGAGUUGUCCAUAAUGGAUGCAAAGGACAUUAUGUUCGAAAUAUUUGUGUAUAUGGAUUGGGAGACUUGCAAUGGAUUAUUGAAUCCCCUCACUUAUUCGCCAACAAAUUUGAACUCACAAGAUAUCCACUUGUUAUGGAAUGCUUAGAGAGAAGACACAGACUUAAAGUACUGAAUCAAGCAGAGGUCCCUUCAGAAUCACACUGGCAUUUGCAAGAGACUUGCUAUUUUAAUAUGAAAAUAAACAUUUGAUCUACAAGUAAUGCAUACUGUCAAAGAAUAAAGAGAGAAACUAUCAA